AUGCCUGACUGUCGCUAUCAAGCUACACGAAGCAUUUUACGCGUUGGCGAGGAUUUUAGCGGUGAAAUGUUUUCACUUACGGCUAAUUGUGUUAUAGAAUCCGGAUUUACUCGCCUCCUAACCUGGCAAGCCAUAGAGUCUACUGAACUUCCAGAGGCCGCCCUUUGUCCAGGUUCUAAGCUUCCGUUGGCUGGGGAACCAACAAUCGUGGAGGGCGUCACUGGGCCACCCGAUUAUAUGACCGAAUCUGAGCUCAUCACGGCUAUGGAGCGUCAUGGAAUUGGCACCGAUGCCUCUAUUCCAGUGCACAUUGAAAAUAUUGUCGAACGAACCUAUGUCGAGGUGGGUCGAUUUCAUUCCAAUACUUCAUAG